CUCGCUUGCAAGCGGCUGCGCACGGAGUGCGGCGGCGCCGCCCAGCCGGUGGAGAGGAGUCUCUUCAAGCUGGUGGCGACCGUGUCCUCCAAGAAUGAACCAGUUCAGAAAUACGUUCAAGAAGUGAUCACUCGAGACAAAGCAGCUCAAAGUCUGCGACCCUCUUUGGGGAGCACUCAGCGAAUCAUUCAGGAACUCCGCUCUUCCAAGCAAGUGAAAAGGAAGGAAAACCGUUACCGUGUAAUAGCCAGCCAUCGACCUAACUAUACUGAAACAGCUGCACCUCUCGUAAAUGGGGAGGCAUCACUUGAUGGUGACAGAUCAGACUCUGAAGCAACGGAAGAUGCUUCACAGAAGGAGAGCGGUGCUGUUGAUAAGAGCUCAGACUGCUGUGGGCAAUUCCAGUUGUUUGAUAUUGUACAAGAAGAGGAGGUGGUGGGAGACCCCAGCAUAACUGCUGCAAACCCACAGCAGAAAGCUGAUCCAGAUGUGAUUCUUUGCAAUGCAGUAGAGAUGAUCCGUGAGCGUUUACAUGUUUCUGAAGAUGGUAAAAAAGAACACCAUGAGAAAGAAGAUGAGUAUGUUUAUGACAUCUACUAUAUGGAAACAUCAGCUCCUGGUUGGAUCCAAAAUAUCCUUUCUGUACAGCCCUAUAGAGAAGAAUAUGAACUGGUAGAUGAUGAUCACAUGCAAGGGGAAAUAUAUGAAGAUGAAGAUGAUGAAAAUGAUGAAAAUAACUGGCGUAAUGAUUAUCCUGAUGAAGAUGAAUUCUUACCUGAGGAAGAUGGUGAUGGAGAAAAAGAGUCCGAAGAGAGCUUCAGUGAUGAGGACCAAUGUUACAGGAGAAGAACAUGGAACAAAUACCGACAGGAGGUUCUACAGGAAUUUGGAUAUGAUGAGAUCCAGGAUUCGGAUUCUGAUUAACAGUCCUUUUCUGAAGAUGAAAUGCUACUGUUGGAGUAGAACUGAAUGAAAAUCCACACAGCUGCUGAGGGCUGUUCGUAAGAACAUUGACUAAAAAACACACCCCACCCCAAAAAAAGCCCCCCGGAAAACAACUUCCUGGUAAAAGUUGUGCUCAUUCAUUUCCUACUGUCCUGGUCUUCAUGUGGAUGAACUUUAAGUUAAAUUUUUCCCUGAACUGCCUUCUGGAACUGUUGGUGACUAGCAUGGUUCAUCCUAAUGCUUACUGACUAGGCUUAAUUAUUAGAGACUAGAUUGGGAUUCCAGUAAAUGCUAAAACCUUUUACUUAUCUGAGCAGACAAUUUCAGCUGGUAGAUGUUAAACAGAUGGAUGUGAAUAUGGCCACUUGACAAAUUUUCAUUCCAAGCAAAAGUUACUGCAUACUUUAAAAUUUUGUGAUGCUGACAUUCUGAAGGAACCUGCCAAGCUGCAUGCCCAGGCAUUUAUACCUGUACCAAAAUUACCUCCACAUUACAUAUGGAGGUACUGCUGGCAGCUGUCCUUCUGGUCAUGACUAAACUGUCAGGUUGCA